AUGCCGAGUUUUAUAUAUUUAGUUCAUCGAUCGAGAAUCCGUUUUGACACUAAAUAUUUGCUCAUGAAGGUUACAUGCACGGUUCCCUGCUCUUAUCUUAAACUCAUAGAUAAAUUAAUUACAGAACUGGAGAAACGGCCGCAGCCGCAGCUGCCUCGGAGCUCUGAGGAGCUGGAGGAUUUGCACAAGCUGCUGCACUUCCCCGAGGAGGUGGCUCUCAGAUUGUCCGAGAGUGAAUAUCAGCUGUUCUACCAGGUUAAUCCAAACGAAUAUUUGCGUCAUGUUGCUCAGGAUUUAGCAACUUUACAAAGUAAAUCAGCGAGUAAAUCGAGCACAUCAUCAACAAACCAUCAAAAACAGUCCAAGGAGUUACCCACCACUACUAAUAGUUCAACUCAGACAGAAGAGGAAUCUUUGUGGUUAGGUGCGACCUCACCUUACUCUGUGCAGACCCUCAUCAACCGGUUUAAUGAGGUAAGCUCAUGGGUUACCCACACAAUAACAAGUGGCUCAACGGUCGAGGAGCGUCAAGCGUUCCUCUCUUGCUUCUUGCGAGUCGCUCAAACCUGCUGGAAUACUGGGAACUUUAAUUCGGCAAUGGAGAUCAUCGCCGGUCUCAAAUCCAAUAAAUUAAAGCCAUUUUGGCAAAGUGUGAAUGAACCAUUACCAGUACUAGAGUACCUCUCAUCAGCCCUCCUGUCUUCCGAAUAUGAACGGGCGUUGGCACGUGCAUUGGCGAUGCCAGAAUGUCCUGUCGUACCUUUCUUCGGGGCUUUUUUACGAGAAUUACGUGAAGUAAUUUCUUCUGUCAACAAGCAACCAACGGAGAGCAAAGAAAAGAAGACUCAACGCUGUAAUAGUAAGGAGGGUUCGUCCCUUGAACACGUGCCUUCGGGUUCGCCGGGUGCGCGAGCCAGUGUCGGUAGCAAUGUAGACGUGAGCUUUGCAUGGAGGAUAUCACCGAGAAGCAGCAAUGAUUCAGAAGAUAAGCCUGACUGUACCAACGAAACAGCGGCUGUUAUUGAUAAAGUAACGUUGUUUCAUUCACAUCGUCAUGCCCGCUCAAGAGACGCAACUACUGGCUCACUACAUCGUACUUUGAGUGUCCAUACUACAGCUCUCGAGCAAGCUUAUAAUGCUGAAGAGUGUGAUGAGAAUGACUAUCAUCUUGAUCUCGAUUCCUACAAGCCGGUUCAACCCCUUGUUGCUGACCAUGGAGUUGCACUUUUUCCUGUUGCCGCUCCUCAUCAUGGAAUGGAUCUUCAUUUGCUUCAGGUUCUUCAUCAUGGCACAACAUUAGUUCACUGGGAUUGUGAAGGAGCUGGAGGUUCACGAACGGCACUAGUGUAUGCACGUGUUGAUCGUGCCUGCGGUACAUUAGUAUGGGAAAAGCCAACAUGGAGUCCCUUAAAAACACCAGGAUUGGGUGGAGUCUCGACCGAAUUUACAUUAACAGUAAAUCCAGAAGAGUCUGUGCCGCCGGUUCUUAUAUCGAAGUACACAUCUUUCCAGACAGAAUGUACGUCGAUUAGCCUCGAAGAAGGUUACUUGGAUCUAAACUCUGUCAAGGAAGUUAUCAUUGGGUGUUGCGAUAAAGAUAGAGAAGUUGAACUCCGUGGCAUCUGCAAAAGAUACGGCCUCCCCGGUUCAGACUCCUGUAUCGGGCUGAUGUAUGGCUCCAGUCUAUCUGAUAAUCGAAUAAUAUUUUUUCUCGGUCCACCUGCCCUAAGCAAACUUUGGUACAUGGGACUUUGUUGGAUUCUACGAGGUCUAAAACGGCAGCAGCAAUUAACAGAUAGACGAUCCCGGUGGUUAAAAGAGAAAUAUCUCCAAUUAUAUUUUGAAGAGGGCUGUGUUGAGCCCACGACAGCCGAUGCAAUAAGAGUCUUCGGUGGACGGGAUUGGUCUACGACUGAUAGUAUUGGCACAUUAUCGCCCACCAAUAGUAGCAAUAUUCGACGUCGCAAUCCUAAGCCUGGAAAAAAAACUAAAUCUAUUAGUAAUAUUCAUGCUCUUACUAAGGAAUUGAGUUUGAAGCAAUAUGAUUCAUCAUCGUCGGAUGGUGGAAUAACAACAGCUCCACUGCGUCACGUCGCUGGAAGUCGUGAAUCUUUAACAAGAAUAGCACCUACCUCACCACGAUCUAGCCGUGACCGUAUUCCGCCACGCAGCCCUCCUGGUUCAGCAGAACGUAUCUCAUCAAGCUUGCCCUAUUCCAGCUUACAAAGCCUGCUAUGCGUGACAAGAGAAAAAGACAAAAAUGGAUCAAGUCCUCCCGCUCCCGCAGUUGUGGAAUCGCCUUGGCAAGUCAAAGCACGCGCUACAUCUAUUAUGUACGAGACUCAACUUAAUUUCGUUGAGUUCGUUGCACUAUUUCGAUCUUUUAGUUUAAGAGCAAGAAAAGAUCUUCGUGAUCUUUUUGGUCAACUAGCUAUUACCUGUCGUAGCCAAAGUGAUGGGUCCCUCCGUGAUUUCACAAUGCGACCUGUCGUACUUCGACAAACCAGUGAUGCUACACCACAGCGAAUAGGUUUACUGACCAGAAAUAAUUCCAUUGACUGCUAUGAGUAUAAAACAAGUGGAAACUUCCACAAGAAACAAAUUUUCGACGCGAUCGCUGCUGCAAGUAUCGUCAACAACUGUUCGGGCGUUGAUACUUCUAAAUCUCAAGUUAUUACUCUCGCAACGUUUACCAAAUUCUUGGAAUCACGUCAGCAGGAAAAACUUACCGAUGAACAGAUCAAAGCGCUUAUCAAGAGACAUGAACCAGAUCCAGCAUUAAGAGUUCAGUGGUGCUUAUCGUUCGAGGGAUUUGCACGGUACAUGAUGGAUAAAGAUAACUAUGCAUUUCCGAGUGAGUAUGCCAUUCCAACGGAUACGGAAAUGCAACAGCCGUUAUCACAAUACUAUAUUGCUAGCUCUCAUAAUACUUAUUUGACCGGACAUCAGCUGAAAGGGGAAUCUUCUGUUCAAUUGUAUUCUCAAGUACUUUUAACUGGGUGUAGAUGUGUCGAACUUGAUUGCUGGGAUGGAGAUGACGGUUCUCCAUUGAUAUAUCAUGGCCAUACAUUCACAACAAAAAUUCCGUUUAGAUCGGUAGUUGAAGCUAUUGACAGAAGUGCUUUUAUCACAUCUCCAUAUCCAGUUAUUCUCUCUAUUGAAAAUCAUUGUACUCAGAGUCAACAAGCCCGCAUGGCUCAAAUAUUCCAGUCGGUAUUUGGUGAUAAAUUGAUAACAAAGUUUUUAUUCGAUUCGGAUUUUGGUGACGAUCCGCAAUUGCCUUCGCCCUCUCAACUGCGACAUAAAAUUCUUAUCAAAAAUAAAAAGUUAGUGGUUGAUCCCACAGCGCCUUUGGUUCAUCCGGCAUGCUUGUAUAAUAUUACAGACAAUUCGAUUUCAAGUUACGAGAGAUACUUAGGAAGUAGUCAAAUGUCUCACGGUCGAUUGAAAUCAGACCCCGCCGUGGACGAUAAAUCUCAGAAGCAGAGCAGUCAAAUAGCCAAAGAAUUAUCUGAUUUAGUAGUAUAUCUCCAAGCCAUCAAGUUCCGAGGAUUAAAUCUGACACCAUCUAACACAGUGCCAUCGGCGGUAAAGCCGCGUCAUCAGAGUCACACUGGUACAGUACAAAGACACAGUAUCGCGGGGAUCGGGACCGGAGGAAUAGCUUCUACUUCGACAGGUUCACCGCAAUCACUGUCAACUUCGGUGUCUGUUGCCAGCGGUGGCAGUAACAUUGACGCCUUUUUCCGACCAACCCGGGGUGUGCCCGCUUGCUUCCAGUGCUCGUCGUUAAACGAGAGCGCUGCCAAAAAAAUUUGUAGAAAGCAGCCUCUGGGCGUAGUGGCCCACGCGGAAACCCAACUAAUCCGCACCUAUCCCGCAGGAAUGCGAAUUGACUCGUCAAACUUCAACCCCGUAAUAUUUUGGGCGUUUGGAAUUCAGAUGGUGGCACUAAAUUAUCAGACAGACGAUGCCGCCUCACAUCUGAAUGCCGCAAUGUUUGAACAAAACGGGCAAUGCGGUUACGUAAGGAAACCAUCGGUUAUGUGGGACAAAGGACACAUGAUGUACCGAAGAUUCAAUCCCUGGGACAAGGAGUUUGAUGGGCUUCAUUCUAUUCACCUAACUCUCUCUGUUGUCUCGGGGCAAUACAUCUCAUCGACAAAUCUCGUCGCUAGUACCUACGUCGAAAUUGAGUUAGUCGGAAUACCAAUUGAUUGUGCCAAGCAUAAAACAAAAGUUGUUCAGAACAACGCCCUGAACCCAAUUUGGAACGAAAAAUUCUGUUUUCAAGUAAUGUUUCGCGACUUGGCAUUCUUAAGGUUCGGAAUUGUCGAGGCAAACUCCCACCACUUGAUAGCUCAACGAGUUUUGCCCCUAAAGUGUCUCAAACCGGGUUAUCGUCAUGUGCGCCUUCGCUCCUGCAAAAAUAAGCCUCUUGCUCUUUCUACGCUUUUCAUUUACUCGCGAAUGGAAGAGGAGAGCUUGGACUAUAACACCUGCUGCCGGGACCACAACAAGGAGUGCAAGCGCCCUACGUCGGGGAAAACCCCCGAGAAAUUGAGCACCGUUGAUCCGGGUCUCGGUGGAGUAACAUUGAAGCGGCGGAUGUUUUUCCUGAUGGUUUACGACGUAAUUCCAGAUGAGCCUUAUACUAUUCUGAAGGUGACACAGGAGAGUACCACUCAAGAAGUGAUGCUUCAGGCGCUUCAAAAAGCGGGAAUAUCCGCGGAGCACGUUGAUGAGUAUAUUCUAGUUGAGGAGGUGUCGCGUGGAUGGGAAAAAAAAGAUCGUGAAGAACUACCAACUCAGAGAGUGCUAGAUUCAUUCGAACAUCCACUUCAAGCUCAAGCUUUGUGGAAAGGUCAAGGUCGGUUCUUGUUGAAAAGAGUCGGUAACGAUCCGAGUAGCAGAGCAUGGCUGGCGUCUAUCAGAAGCACUGCGGGACAUUCAAAAUUAACUGAUACCAGCGAGCGCGAUCAAUCUAUGCACAUCUGGGAUGAGGCGGACACUUUCCUUGUUUGUAUCUACAAUGUAUCACCGGAAAUACCGUAUGCCAUUCUACGUGUUCCUGUAACGAGUUCCGCUCAGGAUGUACUCGCGCAAGCUCUUGUUAAAGCCAGAAGGAUGGAGGAUCCCUCGAAGUUUGCUCUUGUCGAGGAGCUUGAGUGGGGCGGUGCUGGCGCCGUCGGAAGUGGAAAUCGUCAGCUGAGGCUCUUGAGGGACGAAGAAAAUGUUUAUAGCACCCAAGCGUUCUGGAAAACACUCGGAAGGUUUAUUUUGCGGGAAAGGGAGCAGGCUAUUCCUCGGAAGCACUUACUCCCGGCGACCUUAGAUAGAAUAAGUAAAGGAUUUUCAGUAGGUAGAUCAGUGUCGCUGCCUGGUUCUAGCAAAGAAAAAGUUCCGGUAGCCGAGGCUCUUUCUGAUCCGAGCUCACGGGGCCUGAGACAUCGGCUCCUUAUGUCAGGACGCAGGCGUGAAGUUCAUUCGGACGGGGAAGAGUCUAGGGAAUCGGAAAUUCUUAAUGCUGCCCUCUACUUAAAGAAGGUAUCGUUGAGAAAAUUGAGAGUCUGGAAGUCUUAG